GCUUCCAGUCUUGACAUCUUGCCACCCCAUGUUCUCCUUCCCCCUUCAUGUUCCCACUCCAUAACAUCAUCUCUCUCUCUCUCUUUCUUGCUCGCCAUAAGGCUAUCCUAAUAGCCUCUGACUUUCUCUCUCUCUCUAUUUCUCUCCCUUUCAAUAACAGGAUCGAGCAAGAUAGAGCAGACCACAUCAUUGCAUAUUUUUAUACAAAGGAAACUCUUCAAUUUAUCUUAUUUGCGAUUUUUUUUGUACGUAAACAUUAUAUAUAUAUAUAUAUUGCAUGAUGAACAUGAUUUCCGGCAACGGCAUCAUGGCGGCGUUUGUCCCUCCCCUUCCGCCGCCGCCGGAAACUUCCAUCACAUUCCAAAACCCAGAAGAAGAAAACCACUUCUCUCAUCACCAUCACGACUUCAACGGCGCCGCCAAUGUUUCGACGCUGUUAAUGAGGAGAUCCGUGUCGUUCACGGGCUUGGAGAGGCCGUGGGAGAAUCAGCAUCAUCAUCAUCAUCAAGUGGACGAUGACACGUCGGACGACGGGUGCUCGCAGCUGGGGGAGAAGAAGCGGCGGCUGAGCUUGGAGCAAGUGAAGGCGCUGGAGAAGAGCUUCGAGGUGGGCAACAAGCUUGAGCCGGAGAGGAAAAUGCAGCUGGCUAGGGCUUUGGGUUUGCAGCCGAGACAGAUCGCUAUUUGGUUCCAGAACAGACGCGCCAGGUCUAAGACUAAGCAAUUGGAGAAGGAUUAUGAAUUGUUGAAGAGACAAUUUGAGGCUCUCUCUGCUGAUAAUGAUGCCCUUAAGUCUCAAAACAAAAAGCUCCACUCAGAGCUGCAGUUAAUGGCACUGAGGAGCAGGGAAUCAAAGGGGAGUGGACCAGGCAGCGCCAUGAUUAUUAAUCUGAACAAAGAAACAGAGGGAUCUUGGAACAACAACAACAACAACGUAAGUGAGAACAACAGCAUUAUUGAUGUUAAUCUGGGCAGCGCCACCACCACAGCGGACAGCCCACUUUACUCCAACAAACAUCAUCAUCAUCAUCAUCAUGUCUUGCCGCCACCGCCGCCUUCCUCAAUUGCCCAAACAAAUCUGCCGCCUCAUCAUCAUGUUCAAGAUGAAGGGUAUUGCAAUAUGUUUGGGUCCGCCAUGGACGAGCAGGCCGAGUUCUUGGCCAUGGCCCCGGGCUCCACAACAUUCCCAUUGAGCUUCUCCUUCUCUUAGACACCCCAAUUAGUAGUAUUUUUCGAAUUGAAUUGAAACAGGGAGGCCAGUUGGAAUUAAUGGAAAGAGAAUAUAAUUAAUUAAAAAUGUAUGAAUGUAUGUAUGUAUGUAUGUGUGGUACAGAUAAGAAUCUGUUCAUGUUCCAUGCAACAUAACAUCAGAAAAUGGUGCUUUAGUGGGUCUCCCUUUCCCACUCUUUCUUCUCUGGCAUGGGUCAUCGUUCACCACAGUAUAAUUAUAUACUUCUUCUUGAAUUGUUGUUUAAUUAAUCAAACGAAGAAAAGGGGGAAAAAGGUUGGAUUGGAUUCU